UCAGUUAUAAUUUGAACUAUUUUAGUAUCCAAUGAAAAGAGAUAUGGAAAGAAGAGGAAGAGAAAGAAAGAAGAAGUGAAGAUCAUCCUCUCCCUUCUCUCUUCCGGUCUGCCGUUUCUGCAGGUUUCAUGGUUCAACCCUGGAGUCCCAGUUCAUGGAAUUUGGUGACAAGUAAUUCUUCAAAAAGAAAGAUACACUAUCGAUAAACAACUGGUUAUCAACAUCUUCCCUGUGAGGCUUCAAAUUAUCCUCUUAUGCACCUUGGUUUUGGUGGGUUAAUCAACAGAAAAUCUAGUCACUUGAGGAAAUCUAACCAGAAAAUCUAGUCACUUGAGGAAAUCUAACUUACACCGCUGAUGUGUAUAUUGCAGAGAGGGAUAUAAAUUUUUACCCGAAGCAUCUUCAUCAUGGGUCUUUUAGGGCUCUUUCUCACUGCAUCAAUGCCAGUGCUGAAUGUUCUUCUUCUAACUGCGGUGGGAUCAAUUUCAGCAACUAGUCGUGUGAACAUCCUAAACCAAGAAGCAAGGAAGCAUUUGAACAAUGUGGUAUACUAUGUUUUCAAUCCAUCCCUUGUAUCCAGCAAUUUAUCCCAGACAAUAACACUUGAGAGCAUGGUUUUACUGUGGUUUAUGCCAGUCAGUCUCGUACUCAACUUUGUUAUUGGUUCGGCACUUGGGUGGAUUGUCAUUCAGGUCACGAGCUCUCCUCCUCAUUUAAGGGGCGUAAUUUUGGCAUCUUGUUCGGCUGGUAACAUUGGAAAUUUACUCAUCAUCCUUGUACCUGCAAUGUGUAAAGAGAAAGGCAGCCCAUUAGGAAGCCCAGAUGUUUGCGAUACGUAUGGAAUGGCAUAUGCAUCUCUCUCUUUAGCUAUAGGUACAAUUUUGCAAUGGUCAUACGUAUAUAACCUUGUAAGGAUAUCUUCACCUUAUAAAGAAGAAAAUGUGAGUGCCAAGUUGUCAAAAAUGGAUUUUCAAGAAGAAUCCAGAUGUUUACUCCCACAGAGCUGUAUGGCUAAGGAAAUAUCGAAUAGCAAUUGUUUAUUAUAUACUCAAUGUUUAAAUGAGCCUGCAUCUCCUCUUGAACCUUAUGGGGGUAAUGAUAAGAAGGUUCCGAGACUGGAUGACAGAAAAACAUUGUUGAGAAGGCUUUCAAGAAUAAUCGACAUCAAAAAGUUGUUUGCUCCAGCAUCCAUUGGAGUGAUUAUUGGGCUUAUUAUUGGCUCAGUCCCACAAAUUAAAAGAUGGAUAAUAGGACAGGGUGCUCCACUGCGGGUGAUCCAAGAUUCAGCUACUUUGUUAGGUAAUGGUACAAUUCCAUGUAUCCACCUGAUAACGGGAGGAAACCUCACUAAAGGUCUACAAGGCCCAACUAUAAAAUUCUCCAUUAUUCUUGGAGUUAUGAUUGUUCGAUACAUUGCCUUGCCUUUGAUAGGCAUAUUUAUAGUUCAAUGGGCAGUUCAUCUAGGCCUGGUGCACUCAGAUCCUUUAUAUCAUUUUAUUCUGCUGCUACAAUAUGCUGUUCCACCUGCAAUGAACAUUACUUCCAUGGUCCAAAUGUUCGAGGUAGGACAAGGCGAACUAUCUGUUAUCUUUCUGUGGACUUAUGUUAUGGCUUCAGUAGCCCUUACUCUUUGGUCAACACUCUUCCUGUGGAUUGUCUCUUGAGAAUCUGCAUCGCUUCAGCAUCAGAAAUGGAAAUGAUUUCGCUAUUUACUUGGUUGGCCUAUAGAAGUAAUAAUGGAAGUAGAGCAAAUUGUAAGCAGGGAAGUUGAGCCACUAGAAUUUUGUUAAU